CGUGACGCAACCUCGUUCAAUUCAACAGCCAAAAUCGCUCGGACAGAUUCCAACGAAAAAUUCUCCUCGGCGCCUUCGGAGAUUCCACCGUAAGAGACGAUCGGAAAAUCUCGGAGCCAUAAUUGCAGCUCCUUCAUCCCUUCCUUCGUUUCUUCUUUGGGGAACUGGUAAAAGCUUGAAGGUGUAGAGAGAGAGAGAGAGAGAGAGAGAGAGAGAGAGAGAGAGAGAGAGAUGGCUUCGUGGAAUUCAACGCCUCUCGAGGUGCUGUACCAGGUUCUGGGAUGGACGGCUUUCUUCUCUUGGUCCAUCAGCUUCUACCCACAAGUCAUCUUGAACUUCCGAAGGAAAAGUGUUGUGGGUCUGAAUUUCGAUUUCGUCGUGCUGAAUUUGACGAAGCACUCGUCGUACCUGAUAUACAACGUGACCCUCUACUUCAGUGCCGCUGUGCAGAGGCAGUAUUAUGAGAAGUACGGCUUCGGACAGAUGAUCCCCGUGGCUGCAAAUGACGUUGCGUUCUCCAUACAUGCCGUUCUAUUAACUGCAAUAACAUUGUUCCAAAUUGCAAUUUAUGAUCGUGGCAGUCAGAAAAUCUCUAAGAUUUCACUAGGAAUUGUCUCUGCUGUGUGGUUGACCGCUGCAGUCUGCUUUUUCAUGGCCUUACCAAAUCAUUCUUGGCUUUGGCUCAUCUCCAUUUUCAACUCAAUUCAAGUGUUUAUGACAGUUAUCAAGUACAUUCCUCAGGCAUUUAUGAACUUUGGACGAAAAAGCACAGAUGGAUUCAGCAUAGGCAACAUUUUACUUGAUUUUCUCGGUGGCGUUGCAAACUAUGCACAGAUGGCAGUGCAGUCUAUUGACCAAAAUUCUUGGGUCAACUUCUAUGGGAAUAUUGGGAAGACGUUACUUUCUCUGGUAUCUAUAUUCUUUGACCUGCUUUUCAUGUUUCAACACUAUGUUCUCUAUCCUGCCAAGAAAUCGCCAGUUAUUCCAAAGGCAAGUAAGGAUGCCGAAGAGCCAUUGGUCAAGUCCACUGAUGAGUCACAGUCAGAAGAGGUUUGAAGUUAAGUUGCCAUGUGCUACAAAGAAUUAUCAAUCGACCAUUUUGCUGCUAUCACGAACUAGAAGUCCUCGUGCGCAUAGAACUCAUGAUUCUGAAGCAUUUGAAGGAGAUAUGCAUAUAGAAACAAAAACUGGGAAGCUUCUUUUUCUUCUUUGACCCUCAAUCAUCUGGUCGUAUCAUGCGAGGAUCAAAAUGCCCGAUCUGUCGAGUCACAGAGUGUAGUUUGUUCGCAUCUUGCAUUGUUUUGCAAGAAAAUGAUCUUGUAUAUAUUGUUCCUGUGAAAGAGCUUGUUCAGAUAUGGUGAAAAUUGUUCCUUUUCAUAGAA